AUUCCCCAAACGUCUUAGCGGUACAGCGGAACCGGAAGUAGCCGCACUUAGCAUAGUAACUACAUUACCCAAAAGUCUUAGCGGUACAUCGGAACCGGAAGUAUAAACACAAACACAAGCGGAGUUUUGUUCGAGCAAGUAUCUUACAGAGCUUAAAAAACAAUCUUCCGCGUUGCUGACUGUUGUGUUAUUGAAACAAACCACAAACUGAACAUUUUAUAGGCUUUGAAGGCGGUGACUUGCUCGUUUUCUGCGCGGUGAAGGGCGAAUACCGUCACCAGACGCAAUGCGGGUGUCGGGAUGUAAGGAGCAAUGGCGACGGCCGAGCUGGUUUGGAGGCCGAAUUGGAGCCGAAUUUGACCAACGGGGAGCUGCUCAGACUUUUUCACCUUUCUGAAGAUGGAGAGUGCGUCCUCUUCCGCCUUCCAUGUCCCGCCCCCCUCCACCAAGCAGACGUCAACAACACCCAACCUGGCGGCCAAACAGAGAGACAUACGCAAGGCGCCGUCCUCCGUGACCCCGGCCUUCCUCGCCGACCUGGGCAGAGCCACCCUGCGGGGGAUCCGCAAGUGUCCCCAGUGUGGCGUUUACAACGGCACCCGGGGGCUCAGCUGCAAGAACGCCGUUUGCGGCAUAUCCCUCAGGAACGCCUCGGCGGAGGCCAGGAGGGGCAGGAAGGACGUCGUCGAGGCGGUGAAAGUCAUCACCGACGGCGAGGAGAAGGACCACCAGGGAGCGCAGGUGUUUUCGGUGUGUCAAAGAGGAAGAGGGGGCGCUCAGUUUGGCUUCGUCGAUCUGGUCGCCACCGACGCCGCCAUCGCCACGGGCGACAGAGCCUCCCUGCUGUCUCACAUCAACCUGGGCCGCUGCUUCAUGGCCGCCUGCAAACAGGGUCAAAAGGCGUCCUACGACAGCCUCUGCGUUCACAUCAAGCAAGCCGCCGAGUGCGCCGACCUCGCCACGCCGCUCAGCGUCAAGAGUUCCGUCCUGGAGGCUCUACAGGCCUCCGUUCAAGCCAAGGAGGAGCUCUGGAGGCUGGCCACCGAGUCCCCGGGGCCCCUUGUGCAGCGCGUGUCCAGGGACACCCUGGUGGUGAAAUGCCACUCGGAUCCCCGGCACUCCCACGGCCUGCUGCACCUCACCGUGGCGGCCGGCGGGCGAGCCGAGGCGCAGAAAAGCGACGUGCGACAGCAGGCAGUGUUUCGCUGCGCCUGUCAAGCGGGCGGCAGGAGAGGCAGGGCGGACGGGGCCGAGCUGGCGGGGGGGCCGUCGGAACCCUGCCUGCACUUCUACGCCUGCGUGUGCGCCUUGGCGAGCGACGAGAAGCUGGCCGCAGAGUUUGCGGCUUUUAUCAACUCCUCGUUAAACGGCGUGCUACCAAACUCCACCUGCAGAGUCAUCGUUCCUUGCGAGAGGCCUCCGCUGCACAGCGAAGCAGGGAAAUCUCCACACAAGGCCAAGAAGCUGCGUCAGGAGGAAACCCUCUCUGGUGGAGGUGGUCAGGCUGUGGACGAGCACUCUGUGUCGUUGGGGUUCCACCAGUGGUUGGCCGGCGUCACAGAAAGGAUCCACCAGACGAUGCACUACCAGUUUGACGGGAAACCACAACCUCUGGUGUACCACAUACCUCAACAGUUCUUUAACGCCCUGCAGCAUCGCUUGUCGCUCGGCUCCAAGAGGAGGCUGCCUAACAUCACGACAGUGGUCGUGCGGAACGACACACCCCCUUUGGGGUCGUUCUCCAAGUACACCUGGCACAUCACCAACCUGGCGCAGGUCAAACGUAUCUUCGACACCCCUGAGUUGCAGCUGGAGCUCACUCAGAGUUUUGUCAAGAACGGCGACGGCUCCUUCUCGCGCUUUCGUUGUCUGCAACCGCCGCCCGAACUGGACCUGCUGGAGGGACUCGGGCCGGAUCGGCCGCCAGCGAUUCGACCCAGGGAGCUGCAGACCUUCCUCAGAGUCGGGUCCGCCUCGGACGACCUAAAGGACGGCCGUCCGUUCGAGAUCGAGUGGACCCCCGACGUGCUCCCGCUUUGCCACGUGGGCGAGCUGAGGAUCACCUUCGAGUUCGGCCACCAGCAGAGCGGACACCAGGCCGACUCGUCGGAGUGUUCGAAAACCAACGUGACUCAAGUCCCCUCCCACGCCAAGUGAGCGUCUUCACGCCCUUUCACAGGACACUUCAUUAGGUACACCGAGGUAAUGUCGCCAAACGAGGUACUGAGCGUUAUGUUUGACGCAGCUCUUGUAUUGGACUCCAUAACAUGUUUUAUUAUAUAUCAUAUUAGGGCUGUCAAAAACACCUUAUGCUAACACUGGCACUUAUUUUGCACUUCUGGACCUAAACACGAUGUCUGCUGGUAAAAUUCCCUUUUUUAAAAAAAGUAUCAGCACAUAUUGUAACGUUUGUAACAAUAUAGGAAUUUCCUAUCACGGUUAUUGUCACCAAAAUGAUCAGGCUUAUCUUUAUUAUCACGGUACUGUUUAUUGUGCUCAAUAAGGACUUAAAAACACAAUUAAAUCUAUGAACAAAGUUUCAUUUUCUUUUAAAUAACUAAUAUACACUACCGUUCAAAAGUUUGGGGUCACAUUAAAAUGUCCUUAUUUUUGAAGGAAAAGCACUACUUUUCAAUGAAGAUAACUUUAAACUAGUCUUAACUUUAAAGAAAUACACUCUAUACAUUGCUAAUGUGGUAAAUGACUAUUCUAGCUGCAAAUGUCUGGUUUUUGGUGCAAUAUCUACAUAGGUGUAUAGAGGCCCAUUUCCAGCAACUAUCACUCCAGUGUUCUAAUGGUACAUCAUGUUUGCUCAUUGGCUCAGAAGGCUAAUUGAUGAUUAGAAAACCCUUGUGCAAUCAUGUUCACACAUCUGAAAACAGUUUAGCUCGUUACAGAAGCUACAAAACUGACCUUCCUUUGAGCAGAUUGAGUUUCUGGAGCAUCACAUUUGUGGGGUCAAUUAAACGCUCAAAAUGGCCAGAAAAAGAGAACUUUCAUCUGAAACUCGACAGUCUAUUCUUGUUCUUAGAAAUGAAGGCUAUUCCACAAAAUUGUUUGGGUGACCCCAAACUUUUGAACGGUAGUGUAAAUACACACAAUAUAUUUUCACGGCAGAGGAAAACAUUAAAUAUUGAUCUGUCUUCAUAAGAGUAAUAUUUGUAUUUGUGUCUGGAAAUAUGUUUGUUCUUUAAUUUUAAUUUGUAAACUUUUUAGAAUGUUUUUUUUAAUAAAUUCAAAAGGAUCACUUCAUUUUUCCGGUUCAUGUGGCGUCACGUAAGUUCACUUCCUGUUGAACACACCUCCGCCUGGUCACCGUAUUUUCUGGACUAUAAGCCGCAAUUUUAUUUUCCAAUGCUUGUAAAACGGUGUGGCUAAUUUAUGAAUUUUUCAUAAUGCCAUAAUGUUUUGUAUUCGACAAACACUUUUCAUAUCGCACCGGCAAAGACACGGAAAAGGUUAUUGCUUGUGCGACAGCGCCAUCCUUUGGACGAGUUUGCUCACUGCAGGCGCCGCGGGUUGAAAAAGUACUUCCUGUUUCGUGCCUCGAACCGGAAGUAUAAGCGUCCGUAGCGUUUCUGCCCGAAAUGAUUUGUAAUUCAUCACUCCAAGCAACGUUUGUAAGUUUUACAAUAUAACUAAAACAGUUCGCACGUACUAAACCGUCUCCUGUAGGAAUGUUUUCAUUCAUAUUUGUACGUGCUAUCGUAAUGUAAUGAAGCCAACACCGUUAGCAUUAACUUCCUGUUGAACACACUGUUAACAAUAUAACAUACAUUUAUAAACGUGGAUGCAUAUGCAAAAGUGCAAUAUUUUUAUCUGUACAGUAAUCUAUUUAUUUAUAUCUGCACCUUAUUGCUAUUUUAUCCUGCACUACAACCAGCUAAUGCAACAACAUUUUUUUCUUAUCUGUACUGUAAAGUUCAAAUUUGAAUGACAAUAAAAAGGAAGUCUAAGUCUAAGCUUGAACAGCGAGCGUAUCCAUGACCAUGACGUCUGUUUUGUUUGUUACAGACACUGUUUGGAAACAAUUAGGGUAUGUAAAUAAACAUAAAUAAAUAAAAAUUGUACCAGUAUAUAUUUGCGGCUUAUAGUCCGACGCAGCUAAUAUUAGUAUAAAUAUUUAUUUCUUCUAAAAUUUGGUGGGUGUGGUUUGAACAGCCCGGAAAGUACGGUAAUCACUUUGUGUUUGUACAAGUUUAGAUUGGGCUAGAUAAACAUAAAAUAUAUGAAAUUGUGUCCUGUCAUUUAUCUUUCUGUUAGUGCAAUACCGUAAAAACAGGCAUUAAAAACACAAACAAAAUGUAAACAUUUUUUAUUUAAAAACAAACAAAUGAAUGUGAGUAAAAAAUAUAAUCAUUUGACAGCCCUAAUUAUCACAUAAUACCGCUGCUCAUUGUGUUCCCUAGAUUAGAAUGUUUAAUAUUACUUAUCUUUGUCAUGAAUGGAAAAUAGGAUAUAUUGUAAAGAAUUUUUAAAAAAAGUAUAUAUAUAUAUUGCAUAUUUUUUUCAUGAAGUAUUUACUUGAUAAUUAAA